AUGAAAACCCUUGCACGAAUGAGUGGCCAGGGCGAAAGUCAUAUUAAGCUGCCCUCCCCCUCCGCAUCUCCCAGCCUCAUCCAGAACCCUCUCGACAUUAUCAAGUCUGAUUCCAUUACGGAUAUCCAUCUGGCAAAGUGGAAGGCUGAAGAUGAUUUGAUGGUCAAGGCAAACAACAUACAUACACCCGAAUCAUCACCCUCGGCCACCUACUUUUGCCACCAACAACAGCCAUCUGAUACCGACACACGGAGGCGCGAACCCAUGUCUCCGCCGGAAAACUACUCAAACAUUUCUUCCCCCCGAACCUUUGGCUGGCCACCCUCAUCAGAGUCUGGAGAGAGUGAACCUUGGACGUUGCACCACCACGAGCUACUCCCGGACCACUCUGCCUACGCCAACUCACCAUCAUCACCCGCUAGUGGCUGGGAUUGCUCGGUUCCCUAUCAGUUCCAAGGCGCUCCUACAUCCGCCGGCUACUUUCCAGACUGCACUGUAUCCUUUUCCGCAUCCACUCCGCCCCCGAUGCAGGCCAACUACUCUCCCGUCUUUGAGAUGGCAUCAAACUACGGUAGCCCGCAGUACCCCUCGAGUCAAUUUGGGGAUGGCUCGCCUACCCAGCUCCCCAUGAUGGCUGGCAUUCCUGACAUGGGCCAAAUGCACAAUGAGCAUACCUCACACCAUGAUUACUCGGCAGUCAUUGCAACGCCACCGAGUGAUUACACCUGCAGCUCGGAUUUCGGCAAGGCCAAGGGCGAUAUUAACAGCCUUCCCUACUCGCAGCUGCUUUUUCGAGCGUUUAUGAGCUCGAAUACAAGAAAGCUGUCACUCCGCCAGAUAUACCAGUGGUUCGAAGAUAACACGAACAAGGCGGUAAAUAACAAGGGUUGGCAAAAUAGUAUCCGUCACAACCUGAGCAUGAACAGGGCUUUUGAAAAGGCACCGCUGAAAGAAGACGGAACAGAGUCGAGGCGAGCGACUGAGUGGGUGCUAGCAGACUGGGCGCUUAAGAAGGGCGUGCAGAGCACAACUCGGUAUCGCAAGGGCAACGUUCGGUCAAAAUCGAACGGCUCGGAACGUGAUUUGUCGAGCAGCCCAUAUUCUGGCAGCCGCAGGAGUGCCAUGGCUUACAGUGCCCGCGGCCGCGACAGGCUCUACAACUAUCGAGUUCAGAUGCAUGGUAUGGCGCCAGACUCGAAUCUAUACGGCCCCCCGAUGCCGCCGACGCAAUUGGGACCUCCUAUGAAUGGAUAUGGCGAGGUUGAAGGAUACAUGACUCCGACGGGGGGCUUGUCCUAUUCGCCCAUGGAAGUGCACCAAGGCUACAACGGAUACCAGCAAGAAGAUGCCACGGGAUCCAACAGCUACUCCAUGUAUCAUCUUGGACAAGGAAAUAUAGGCGAGUAUGCGAUUGUGGGCGGCCUUGCCGAUGGUACCCUGGCAGGGUCCCAAGUAGGUGGCGUUAUGCCACCAUCAGCCGUCGGGGUCCCGUUCGAGGCUCAGCUGUCGCCUGCACUUGGUGGACAAAUACCACACGACCAGCAUCAGAGCAACUACGGGCACGCUGACUACGAUUCGAGACAAGGGAUCAGUAUCAACGCUGAGGGCGUACACGAAUAG